AUGUCGACUCCGCAAAAUCAUCCAAAAGUAGUUGUAGAUGGGCCCAGCAACCAUUCUCAAGAAGCAGGCCCAUGCCAACAACCGCCCCAAGAACAAGGUCAACAGACGCUCAAAGAGGAGCCCAAACCAAGCGAGGACAUGAAAGUCGAAAAACAGCAAGACAACGACAACCAAUUGCUACAACCAAAGCCAUCCCGUGGGUCGUCCUCAUCAGAUUCGAGCGUGGACACCGAUGUCAGUGACAUGUCGUUGGUCAGCGGCUACCACAGGAAAGACGGUGACGAGUGCACCGAGUUUUGCACCGAGUGCUGCUUAUGCUUUGGGGUGGUUGACUGUUGUCCCCGUAGUGGAGCAGGCUGCCUCACAUCAGUUGCAACCUUCAUCGGCAACUUACUAUUUGGAUGCUGCAAACGUUAA